UUGUAAUACAAAUAAUGCUGUUCUUAAAAUAUUAAAAUCCGAUUGGAAAUUGAUGCAAGAGCUAAUAAAGAUAUUCACUGGUCGUUGUAAUCCAUUUCUUCUUCGGAGCAAUUAAGGAAGUAAUCAGUGCUUGGUGGAUGAAAUAAAAUGUUUAAUGGUGAAGGGAGGUGGAACAUCGAUCAUGAUAUACGUAGCUCACCGCCUAUUUUAUCCACAGACAUUAAUGUUUGCCUUAACAUGACAUUAUUAUUACUGCCGUAAUUAAAUUAACCGAACUAAUUGGAAAUAUACAUUGGUGGGCGGUGCCGUCAUCUAAAAGUUCCUUAUAUAAAUUUUAUAACGUUUAGAAUCAGCUUCACUUAUUAAUCAUUUUAUAACCGUGGAACACGAAAUAGAUAAAACUAUAAAGCAAUCUUGUCUAUUAUAUAUAGAAGGCCUGAAAUUUGCGGAGUUGGGGGAUACUCAAUUACAUCGACUCCAGUGCGUAACUGGUACUUAAUUUAUUGACCACGAAAUGAUGAAAGGUAAAGUCGACCUCGGCGGAAUUUGAACUCAGACCGUAAAGACGGACGAAACACCGUAAAGUAUUUUGUCCGGUAUGCUAACGAUUCUGCCUGAGUUUAUAUUUUUGUUAUAUUUAUAUUUUUUUCUAAAUUCGAUGAGGCUAGGCAAAGGAGGGAUCUUUACCCUUUGGCCGGCACAUUUAAAAAAUAAUUUUUUGUGUGAUUUCGGAAUAUAACGAGGAAAAAUUCGGAUCUUGGGAAUUUUCCGAAAGUUUUCUCCCCCACCUCAAGAUUUUUCCCACAAAUUACUUUAUAAUCGUAAUGUAUGCCGUUUGAAAGAAUAUCACAUCCUGUUGACACACAGGAAAUUUCUUCAUUCAGAUGUGCCUUCAAUAUUUUUAUCAACUCUUAUUGACUAAGGGAAAACGAGAUAUCUAUAAGGACAUUCAUCAAUACAUCAAUCUCUUUAUAUGAAGAAAGUCUAUGACAAACAACAACGAAAUAUUUUUCCUGUCUUUGCUCUCUGGAAUGUAGAAGAGAUGACUGCUUUACAGGUUGGAUAACUUUACAAAGAGUUGAUACUUUCCAUCUGCUGUUUUGGAUAUGAAGUAAGAUCACAGAUGAAAGAAACACAGCAUUAAAUUAUUCUCUGGAAAUUGUGAUUCAAUUUCACCCAAACAUAUUCAUAGAAAUGAAAAAUUCAUUAUCAUUGUGAUAUGUAUGAAAAAUUAUUCUCUCAUAAUGAAUAGUUCAACGAAACCAAAAAACCCUGAUACCAGAGAAAAGCUACAUCCCUGUGCUAUCUGUGGUAAAUCAUUCUCUCAUAGUACUAACUUAACCAGACACAAACGUACACAUACAGGAGAGAAGCCAUAUCAUUGCGAUAUCUGUGGUAAGUCGUUCCCUGAAGCUGGUCAGUUGAAAACGCACAAACGUAUGCAUACAGGGGAAAAGCCAUAUCAGUGUAAUAUCUGUGGUAAAUCCUUCGUUUCUGUUAGUCACGUGACUAAUCACAAACGUAUUCACACUGGGGAGAAGCCAUAUCAUUGUGAUACCUGUGGUAAAUCAUUCACACAAAAUAGUCAUUUGACUAAACACAAACUUAUUCAUACAGGAGAGAAACCAUAUCACUGUGGUAUUUGCGGUAAAUCGUUCUCUCGAAAUGAUAAAUUGAACCCUCACAAACGCACUCAUACAGGAGAGAAGCCAUAUCAUUGUAAUAUCUGUGGUGAAUCAUUUUCUCAAGACAGUAACAUGAAAAGGCACAAACGCACUCACACAGGUGAGAAGCCACAUCAUUGUGAUAUCUGUGAUAAAUCAUUCUCUGAAAGUAGUCUCUUGACUCGUCACAUACGGAUUCAUACAGGUGAGAAACCAUAUCGUUGUGAUAUCUGCGGUACAUCAUUCUCUCAAAAUGGUUAUUUCACUAAGCACAAACGCGUUCAUACUGGGGAAAAACCAUAUCAUUGUGAUACUUGUGGUAAAUCAUUUUCUCAAAAUAGCACUCUAACUAGUCACAAACGCAUUCACACGGGAGAGAAGCCAUAUUCCUGUGAUAUCUGUGGUAAAUCAUUCUCUCAACUGAGUGCUUUAAAUAAACACAAACAGACACAUACAGGAGAAAAUCCAUAAUCUUGAAAUACCUGUGAUAAUCCAUUUUCUGAAAAUGGUGUUUUAACUAUAAACGAACAUGUUCACACCAGAGACAAACUAUGUCAUGAUUAUAUCUGUGGUAAAUCUUUGUCUCAUGGACCUAACUUAACUGUACUUGGAGACAUUCCUACCGGAGGAAAACCAUAUCACUGUGAUAUCUCUGGUAAAUCAUUCUUUCGUGCCAUUAACAUGAAAGGACACAGACAUAUUCAUACAGGUGAGAUGCCAUUUUAUUGUAAUGUCUGUGGUAAAUCAUUCUCAUGAAACAGUGACUUGACUGCUUACAAACAUCCAUACAGGAGAGAAGCCAUAUCACUGUCAGAUCUGUGGUAAAUCAUUUCCUCGUGUACCUUAAAUAAGCACAAACAGACGCAUACAGGAGAGAAGCCAUAACCUUACAUUAGCUGUUGUAAUUCAUUUUUUGAAAAUGGUGUUUUAACUAAACACAAAAAUGUUCAUACCAGACAGAAAUUAUGUCAUGGUCUUAUCUAUGAUAAAUCAUUCUCUCAUAGACCUAACUUAACUGUCCAUGAACGAAUUCCUACAAGAAAGAAGCCAUGUCAAUGGCAAUUCAUUCUAUCGAAAAAGCCACAUGCAUACACAUGUGGGUAUCCACACACAAGUGUAACUGUAUUAGUGUCAAAAUUUAAUACAUGACUUCAGUUAAGACUAUUUUGUCUGCUAAAAGACAUUUUUUUUUUCCCUUCAUCAACUUUAAUAUCGUCAAUGUAAAUCUGAAAUUUGUCAUCUGUAAAAAUAUUGACUCUGAGAUAACUUGGUUACUGAAAAUGCCUGCUCUUGGAUUUUGAGGAAUUUGUUAAAAAAGAAUAAUGAAUAAAAAGUUAGACUGUCA